AUGGCGUCCUUCUCCAACACUACCAUAACAUACGACGAAGUCCGAGCGGCAAUGAAGAAGCCACUCACUGCGGAAGAGCAGAAGAAGUACCGCGGAAUUACAGAUUCUGCAAUGUCUGGACUUAAAUAUGACGAACUUUUCGGGAUCAAUACUUCUGAGGAGCUGAUCAUUGCCGAAUCAUAUGGAAGGCAGGCCACUCCAUCGGACGAUCCCGACAACCUCUAUCUCUUCUCUGCCGGCCAUGGCUUGACAGCUAGAUUCAAUCAGUUGUAUCGACAAACGACGCUUGAGUCGCAGUCGACCGUACCAGAGACUGUCCAGGCCGCCUCGAUCGCAAAUAGAACCACGAUUGAACAGAUGCACAAUCAGUAUCUAAACAUGCCUAAGAGACCUGGAUCCGACGACAAAGCGUAUGUGGAGAACCAACUCAGUAUGGUGGCCACUGAUUUUGUCACCUGGUGGAACGAGUUGAGUACCGAGUCUCAGGGCCUUGAACGCCGACAGCAAGGCUAUUAUUGUAAUGACCAGAACCAACACUGUGCAACAAAAGACGACUGCAAGAAGACGAGGACUAUCCAAAGGCUAAAGUGUACAUGUGGCAACUACGGCACAUGCUCCACAGGCGAUCUACCUCUGCCUCCUUACUGUCCCCAUGGCGACUGCGGUCAGUAA